AAACUGAGGGCAUUUCAGCUUAAAUUGGAGGUAUAAAUAUCCAAAAAUCUGUACUACCUCCACCUCCGUCGCAUCUUCCUGGUCUUCGCAGCCGAAGCGAUAAAGAUACUGGAAUAUGGAGAAUAUGCACAGCUACUGGCAAUUUGGUGAUGAGCUUCGAGGGCAAUCAAAAGUCAUAGAGGAUCAUAAAUGGUCAACAGCUGCUCUAAAAUUGUCUGAGCAGAUGAAGUACAAGGGUGAACGAAGGAAUAACCUUGACCUUUCAAAGAGCUCGGCUGAAAUUAGGCCCAGGGGUAGUUAUAUUUUUCAGGAAGAUAACAAGUGGGAAAGCCUUAACUUCAACAUGUUAAAUUUGGAUAACAAGAUGACUGAAAAUAUGAGCAAGAAUCGCGUUGCAGAUGGCAUUUACAAUAUGAAUCCAGUUUAUCUUAAGCCCGAUUUUAACAGUUUGGGAAAUGCGUCUUUAAGCAAGUUCAAUGUCAGCAACUACACCAAGGAACCUGGCAAGAACAACAAUAACAGCAUCGAGAGCGCCAAUGGGAAUAACUCUGUUGACAAAAGGUUUAAGACUCUGCCUGCUGCUGAGACACUGCCUAAGAAUGAGGUUCUUGGUGGAUAUAUAUUUGUUUGUAACAAUGAUACUAUGCAGGAAGACCUAAAGCGCCUGCUGUUCGGCCUACCUCCUAGAUACAGAGAUUCUGUCAGGGCUAUAACACCAGGGUUACCCUUGUUCCUAUAUAACUACACUACUCACCAGUUGCAUGGUAUCUUCGAGGCGUCAAGUUUUGGAGGUUCCAACAUUGAUCCAACUGCCUGGGAGGAUAAAAAGUGCAAAGGAGAGUCAAGGUUUCCUGCUCAGGUAAGGAUCCGUGUCCGGAAAGUCUGUAAGCCUUUGGAGGAAGAUGCUUUUAGACCAGUUUUACAUCAUUAUGAUGGCCCCAAGUUCCGCCUGGAGCUCUCUGUGCCUGAGACUUUGGACUUACUAGAUCUCUGUGAAAAAGCUGAUGUCUAGGUGCUAUGUGCACGUGCUGGUGUCCUGUACUAAUAAGCAUAAAGGAAUUGUAGCCUAUGUGUAUGUUAUAAGUUUGUGGUGCAUGUCAGCAGUGUGCUGUCUGUAGAUUCUCCAGAGCGCAAGCUUUUGGGGCAAGUCUGGUUAAGCGGCUCUAAAUUUAGGAUAGCUUGUGUAAUCCAAAUAAGUGUAAUGCUCAUCUCUGAAGAUGUUCGUAGAUUAGCUUCACAAAUUUAGCCAUGUAAUCUUACUGUAAACUUGAGACUAGUAAGAAGAUUAUGUAACACGUCAAGAUGGAAUGUGUUUCUUUAUCUAUAGUUGAGCUCUGCUUCAUCCAA